AUGCCUGCCAAGAUCUUUCUCACAGGAGCCACCGGCUACAUUGGCGGCGACGCCCUCCAUCAGCUAUACCAGAAGCACCCCGACUUCGAGUAUGCCCUCCUCAUUCGAACUCGAGAGAGGGCGAACAAGGUGCUUGGAAAGUUCCCGAAAGCCAGGGUUGUGAUCGGAGGGCUCGAUGAUUCACAGACCCUGGAGCGCGAGGCAGCAUGGGCUGAUAUCGUAAUCCACACCGCCGACUCAUCGGACCACGCAGGUGCAGCCAAAGCCAUCGCAAAGGGUCUUGUGGCAGGCCACUCACCGUCCCGUCCAGGAUUCUGGUUGCACACGGGCGGCACCGGCAUCCUGACCUACUUUGAAUCGGAAGUCAAGAAGACGUUUGGCGAGCACGACGACAAGGUCUUCAACGACUACGGUGGUGUCGACGAGCUCGUCAAUUUGCCAGCCGCCGCCUUCCACCGCAACGUGGACGAGAUCGUUCUCGAGACCGGCAAGAAGCACGCCGAUUCUGUCAAAACUGCCAUCGUCUGCCCGCCCACAAUCUACGGCCAAGGGCGAGGCCCAGUGUCGGGCAGAGGUAGGCAGGUCUACGAGCUAGCCACUUUUGUGCUGAAGGAAGGAUAUAGUCCCCGCAUCGGCAAGGGGCUUGCUCGGUGGAACAACAUUCACAUUCACGACCUCAGCGUGGUAUUCGAGUUGCUGGUCGAGGCCGCGCUGGAUCCAUCUCGAAAAGACGACAAGGAGAUCUGGGGAGCUAAUGGGUACUUUCUCACAGAGAAUGGCGAGCAUGCUUGGGGCGAUUUGGCGGUGCUGGUUGGGAGAACGGCCUUCGAGCAGGGCUUUAUCAAGGGAGGAGAGCCUGAGGUUCGGGAGCUGUCGUACGAAGAGGCCGUCAAGUCAUCUGCUGGAUUCGAGGCAGCUAGCUGGGGCUUGAACUCCAGAGCUGCCGCCUUGCGAGCUAAGAAGAUUCUCGGAUGGAAGCCACAGGAGAAGAGUCUUGAAGAUGAGGUGCCGGCUAUCGUGAAAUCAGAGGCGGCUAGACUGAAACUCUAG